AGGAGGCUAGAGCCCCCCCAAAUCAGGGCCUAUGAUGCCAGAGAAAGGAUGGAGAGGGAUCCUUAUGAAUCCUGGGAUUUUGUAUAAGGGCAAAGGCUAAGGAGUAGGAAAUAAAGUGUGAAAUCCUACCAACACACUGUUGAAUCUGGACACCUUCCUAAGAAUGUCCCACUUCACUAAUUGGAAGGUCUCCCAAGUAAGCAAAAGCUUGCUGCCGUAUGACAACGUCAGUUACAACAACAAAUGACAAGCUUCACCCUUUUGAGAGACUGAUUGCCGAGCGACUUCUUCAUUUCUACCUGGAGCUUAGAAAUUGUGUCCCCAGUUCAUAUGUUCAGAACGGGUUUCCGGUCCCUACCUUUCCACCAACAGCCAUGGCUCCAAUAGGACUGCCCCUUCUCGUAAGGAGCACCGGCAUCCACCUGCUGCUCAGAGUUCCCCGUGAGAGGAAGAAGGAGAACAAGAAGCAAGAGGAUCUGCCUGAAGACCAGCCCUUGCCUGGUGGGCAGAUGCUGCAGAAGGAAGGUGCCCACAUCUCCAAGUACAAAGCAAAAGACACAGAAGAUGGCAAGGCUACUAAGGAAGGUCCGUCUCUUGGCAGAACAGAACCUCGGAAAGAUGCCAAGGACUGGAAGCUGCUGAUCCCCCUGGGACCUGUCUACCCACCAUUAAUCUCGAGUCUGAGCACCAGCAAAGCUGUGAGACAACACUGGGACUUGUCUCCUCCAAUAGCAAAGAGCUUACGAAUACAUGACGGCCCCUUCCAGCACUUUCUGGACAUGAAGGCAGAGAAGAGACUGGCCGGCCAGAAGGAGCGCCGCAGUCGCUUUGGGGACAUCGCCGUGCACAAGCGCUACCAGUUUGGGCAGUUCUUCUCCCCUUUCCAGGCUCUCGCCACAACGGAGAUGAAAAGACUGGUGUCUCCCCGGGACCUGCCCCUGAAUUCGCACCUGCAGAAAAUGAGCAUUCCAUGCACUGCUGAAGGGAGCCUCCAGGAUUUAUCCUUGUCUUCCACAGAGCUGGGUGUGAGAAACAAUGACAGCAACCAUGAGAAAGAAAAGUCAAUGAGUCACACUAAAACGCCUUUAUUCCCCCCAAUAGUUAAAGCAACAAAAUCGAAAGACAUGAAAUAAUAAAAAUUUUAAAACUGCA